UUAAGUAAAAUCUACUUAACUAAGUUAUCUAAAAUUAGUAAAGGAAAUAAGUAAAUUUAACGUGGCCAGGUAGAGUUUCUACUUAAUUAUAUUAAGUUUACCCUACAAUACUCAAGUACAUUUUACUCACUCACAGUUUGUUAACUUUACUCAAACAACAUAGCACUAAAAAAAAAAGAAAAAUGCCCAUAAAGCAUGUGGUUAAGUUACAAGCACGUAGCAAGUAGACAGCUCAUUAUUCAUUUUAAGGUAAUAUGUUGACUCAAUAUAGUUAUUAACUGAAGGAACACCGAGACCUGAAUACUUGGCACAAGUGUUUGAGUAUGAAUGGGUCAUUUUGAGUAAAAAAAUUAACUCCAGAUGUCACAAAACAGCAAGUUACUUAACCUAACAACAAAAGCAACCACAAAACAGUGUAAAUGCAUCUCAAAAACAGCAAACAAAUUACCUUAUUAAUUAUUCAUGCCCAAGUGCAUGAUGGGAACAACGGGAUCAUGACGUUGAUAUUUACUUAAAAAAUAUUUGUUAAUAAUAACAGACAAUUCCAAGUAAAAUAUACUUAUAAGUUCAAACUUUAAAUUCUACAAGCUUAAAUUGAGUACUAAUAUUGAAUUUACUAUUUUAUUUAAAUUCUUGCCUGAACUUAAUUAUUUAAUCAGUGCAGCACUAUAACAGAUUGUCACUUGUGUUUUAUACCAUUUUAUGUCAUUUUUAUAUCUGUUAUAUUCAAUACUUUUUGUUAAGCAAAACAAAUGGCUCUAUGUUUUUAUAUUACCAUUAAGAGCAAUUUAUAAAUUUUUACUCUUAUAUUUUUUACUCAAAAUCCAUUUAGAACAACGUAUGUAUUGUCUACUGUAUUUGUUUUAUUUUUAUUGUAUUUAUAAAAUUUAUUUUUUGACAAUAUAUUUCAAAAAAUGUAUUCUCAGAUCAAUGUCAGUAAACAGCAAGGUUCCCAUUGUGACAACAAAAAAUUUACUCCAUAUCUGCUAUUGGGGCAUGUUGUCACACGAGGUCGACCCGAACUGUUUUUAUUUUAUUUUUUUUGUGAUGCAAAUGUUCAAGAAUAUUUUGUAGUCAAUGCUGUAAAUUUUGGAUACAGAUAGAACAUUUUCAUCAUUUGCUGUCAAUGUCUUUUUACCAAUGUCACUGUCACCUGCGCACAAGUCACGUCACACAGUCAUUAAUAUUUUGACGUCCUUUUAUUCUUCAGUGGUUUCUCGAGGCAGUUUGACGUAACUUUCAUCCUGAGAGAGAGAGAGAGAGAGAGAGAGAGAGAGAGAUUCACUUGUUAAUGCUGAAUUUUGGUGGCAGCGCGCGCUCAAUGGGGUCACGAGGGACCGAACAAACUCCGCGCGAGCGACCUGUGAGAUGCUCUCGCGCUCUAUAAAGUCCUUCACACAGCGUUCACCGGAGAGAUUUCCACCCGCCCAACGACACGUUUAAAUAUUCCGCCUUUAUUACUGAGAUACCUGACUCAACUACUUCACGAGUCUGUGGGGGGUCAAAAUGAGCUCCUCGCUUCCAAAAAGCGAAUCCACUACAUCCCUGAUCAAAACCAACCGGAGAGUCCGCACGGACCCCGCGAGUCACCGCAACGGGCACCGGCACACGGGAGGCGGCGGCGGCGGAGACUCGUGCUGGACCGAAGAGUGCGAUGCCACCGCUCGAAGACCCCUGUGCCAACCGAAACACGGACGAAAAGCAGAGAGGGUCCAGAAUCCCCGCGGUCAGGAUGGAUAUUAUCAGGAGGAUGGACCGGAACAUCGCAAACCGUCACGGCACCACCACACCACUGACCCUCCGGUCCAACUCCACGGGAAUCCCCGCACCAGCAGCACACCCUCGCCGACUUCAUCCCUCUCCAAGCGCUCGGAGGAAGCCGCGCUGUUCUUCGAAACGAAGGACAAGCGUCAAAGCCUCACCUCUAGUCCACCUCCAGCGCGUCAGCCCAGCAGCGCGUACAGCGGCGCGCUUGAUGCAGACCUCCAUCCCAUAGUCAAAUCAGUCUUUGGACAGAACAGAGAGCUGAGACCAGAGGAAAUGGAUGAGCUACGAGAAGCCUUCAAAGAGUUUGAUAAAGACAAAGACGGCUUCAUUGGAUGCAAAGACCUGGGGAACUGCAUGAGAACCAUGGGAUACAUGCCCACUGAGAUGGAGCUCAUCGAACUGAGUCAGCAGAUCAACAUGAACUUGGGAGGACAUGUGGACUUUGAGGACUUUGUGGAGUUGAUGGGCCCCAAACUUCUGGCUGAGACGGCAGAUAUGAUCGGAGUAAAGGAAUUGAGAGACGCUUUCAAAGAGUUCGACACCAACGGAGACGGUCAGAUCAGUACAGCAGAACUAAGAGAGGCCAUGAAGAAACUGCUGGGCCAGCAGGUGGGUCACAGAGAUCUGGAGGACAUUCUGCGGGACAUCGAUUUAAACGGAGAUGGGCACGUGGACUUUGAAGAGUUUGUGCGAAUGAUGUCCCGCUAGAGGAAAGGUGGACAAACCACGUCAUAAACUGGAUCUCCUGUGCUCCGGCAUAGAUAGAGGAGGAUGGAGGAGAGGAAAGAUCAGGAGGAAACGGGAGCAGCCUCACAAGAGGAACAUGACCUCUGACCUCAAAGCACAUAAGAAAGAACUGCACUAUAACCCUCCAUAACAGCUUUCAUGAAGCCCAGAAGCCAACAGUGGGAACGAGAGGACGACUCUAAUAUUAAUACUGUGAUCUCUGAAACAUAUUUGUGUAACGGGGUUUUUUACCCAAAAUAAAGCCUGCGAAGGGUCUGAUGCAAAAAAUAUGCCCCGAGAGCAACCAAUCAAAACAGCGACUGAUCAAGCUACUCAAGUAUUCAAAAAUUCACUACUUUAAUUUACUGGCAUUUCACACCUACUUUGUUACGGUAGGGAGCAUCAGAUGAAUUGCAAUAACAUUACCGUUUCAUAUUUUAAGCUAUUUAUUCAUAUUUGUAAUGUAUAGAAAGAUGAGUGUGUAUAGUUUCCCUUUAAAAGACUCUGGCUGUUUUACAGUAGCCUAUGAUAGAUUAUUACUCACAAAGAUUUUAUUUUAUAUAUCAAUGUACUGGGAAAUGCUGGAAACUUUGCUAUCAAUCAUUUGCUAUUAUUGUACAAUACAUCGGACCUAUGCACUACUGUAUGCGUGGACAUAUUUUUAAAUGUAGAGAAAGAUUUGCCAUAAAAAAACAAACAAACAUUAAAUUGCCCUUGUUUGCACACUGUCUUGCAUGAAUGCUAGUGCUGAUACAAUUGAGUCAACACAGCCGAGUAGCCUACACUUGUGUAGUUCUGUCAUGUAUUUAAAUGUUGUAAGUUUAGUUAACAGUCCAACAAGCCUCUUUGACCUUAAUACACUAUUUGAGAUGUACUUUGUGUGAGUGUGUGUGAGAGAGAGAGAGGUUGGAUUGAAUUUCUUGUACCUUGUUUGUGUGAUUUCAAGUUUGUCUUACCCGAGUUAUUCUAUGCAUGCCAAAACAACUUUUUGUAGAGUGUAGAUUUAAUUAAAGAGUUGUGCAA